CGUCAAACGUAGAGCGCUGACCGAGGAGUCUAGCCGAGGAGAAAACGGAGGAAAAACAUAUGAAAAUAUGAACGGAGUGAAACUGCUGAAAGAUUUUUAUGUUGGGAAAUGUAGUUCUGAAACGAAUCAAAGUAAUACACUAUAAGGAUAUCUGCAAGGACUAUUUACAACUGAAAGUAAAGUGCACAGAAAUAUUGUCUCCAGCUUUUUUCUGAAGAAAAUACCGGGAAUGGAAUGGGGGAAUUUGCAUCUCGCCAAGGCAGCAGGUAUGGGAUGGAAGAUCUGACGAGAGGAGGAGAGGACAGUGAAUGAAGACCGUAAAGAAAGGAAAUAACGCAACUUUUUAUUUUGUACUUUUGUGUUUUAUCUGCUCAGCUCCUUUAUCCAGACUGAUAAGUAGAUCUAUGGCUGCUGGACUGUUGGGCUGAGAGACGGGAUUACAGGGCGAAGGGAAGACGGGAAGACGGGAAGACUGGGGAAGACAGGGGAGAAAGGGGAGUACAGGGGAAGACUGGGGAAGACAGGGGAAAACAGGGAAGACAGGGGAAAACGGGAAGACAGGGAGAGGAAAAGAAAGGCUGUGUGAGCCGGGUAGGAGACCCRACGUGUAUGUUGGUGACUUGCAGUCGUUGCUGAGACUCACUCAGACGGACCAUGUGGUUUUUGCCAAGGAGAAACCGUAUCCUCUCCUCUCAGCAUCAGGACCAUGGAGACUGGCAUGGUGCCCACAUACCCAGCUCCAUCUCCAGCCUCAGCAUCACYGCGUCCUUCUGGAUCUUAACUUUUUCCUGGUGCUUGGUGGCCGUCCGAGGCCAGGCCUACCACCCCACUGUGAACACGCAGUAUGGGAAACUCCGGGGGGUGAGAGUGCCCCUACCCAGUGAGAUACUGGGACCAGUGGACCAGUAUUUGGGGGUCCCGUAUGCAGCCUCCCCAGUGGGGGAGAAACGCUUCCUGCCCCCCGAGCCGCCCUCCUCCUGGUCGGGGAUAAAGAACGCCACCCACUUUGCCCCCGUUUGCCCCCAGAAUAUUCACAACGCCGUGCCAGAGAUUAUGAUGCCCAUAUGGUUCUCCUUCAGCCUGGACAUAGUGGCGUCUUACAUACAGGAUCAAAACGAGGACUGUUUGUAUCUAAACAUCUACGUUCCAACGGAGGAUGACAUWCGAGACACCGGGGCCAAACCGGUGAUGGUGUACAUCCACGGGGGAUCCUACAUGGAGGGGACCGGGAAUAUGAUCGACGGGAGCAUCCUGGCCAGCUACGGGAACGUCAUCGUGAUCACCCUGAACUACCGCGUCGGAGUACUAG